UUGCCCCGGUGAAGACAAGGCGCCAUAGUCACGGUAGUCCUGGCGACAAGAACCAAGCAACGAGAAUCAACAACAACAACCCUAAAUCGCCAAGGAAAAACUUUAACGACCAAACAAAGGACAUUGCUGGGGAAUAGUGUCUCAAAGCGUUAGUUGCCAUGGCAACUUCUGGAUACUCAGAGGACCUUCACCCUCAGCAGGCCAACACAGUAACCAUAGCAACACCUGCUGCCACCACACCCUCAUCCUCUAAGCCUGCACACUUCCUGCCUGAGAUCCCACCAACCUCUGGAACCAUUGCCUCAGCCAACCAAUCAGCCACUGCCUCAAAAACAGGACAGGAUGCACUUCGCCCCCAAGCCCCACCUACUCAGGCCCAGAGCCAGAAAGCGGUGGUUCUGACCACUCCUGCUCAGUAUGUAACCACUGAAAUUCAGCACUCUGCAAUCCAGAAGAGUAAUGGCCAAAGCAGUUCACCUCAAUACAUCAUAGUAACUGUUACAGAGGGUUCAGUCCACUCCAAUGACAGUCUGUCAGACUCCAGCCCUCCUGCCCCUGGAGUUCCUACUCAGGUGGUCCAACCGGUGCAGACCACUCCACAGCAGAGGACAGUAUUGCAGGCAGUGUCACAGGCAGCCAAGCGGAUUCAGACAGCUCACAUCAACAACCUACAGCCUGUACACAUUGCCCAGGAGGUGGAGCAUGUGGAGCAUGUGUACUCUGGCCAGGUGCAGUAUGUGGAUGGAACAGGAGACUCCACCUUCACUACGUCCACCAUCCGAUCAAGCAGUUACCCUUACUCUGACUCACCGCUCUACUCCCAGACCCCACCCACUUCUUCCUCCACCUACUAUGAAGCCACGUCCACUUCUGAGUCAGAGAUCACUGGCUCUGUGACCUCGCAGCCUGUCUCUGUAUCCGUGGCAACAGCAGGAGCCAAUAGUGGGGGAGCCGGAGGCGGUGGGGGCUAUGUCAUUCAGGGAGGUUAUGUGCUGGGGGGAGGGGGCGGUGGAGGAGGAGGAGGCGGAGGAGGGGGAGGACAGAGUUACUCCAGCCCAAACUCUCGUGCACCACCUGCUACGGUGCAGUGGUUGUGUGAGAACUACGAGGGAGCGGAGGGGGUGAGUUUACCUCGCUGCACUCUCUACUGCCACUACCUGCUGCACUGCCAGGAGCACAAACUAGAACCUGUCAAUGCUGCCUCCUUCGGCAAGCUCAUCAGGUCUGUCUUCAUGGGGCUGCGUACGCGGAGACUGGGGACAAGAGGGAAUUCGAAAUACCACUACUAUGGUCUGAGGAUCAAAUCCGGUUCCCCUCUGCUAAGACUGAUGGAUGAGCAGCAGCACCUGGCGAUGAGGCAGCAGCCUUUCUCACAGAAACACAGGAUAAAGCCAGUGCACAAGGCAGAGGGGAUCAUCAAUGGGACCUCAGGAGGGUCGAGUCAGCAGCAGGCAGCGGCACUCUGUGACAUCUCAGCCCAGGUGCAACAGUAUCAGCAGUUCCUGGAGGCAUCAAGGCCUCUGCCGGAUUUCCAGGAAGUGGACCUGCAGGAUCGAACCCUGCCUGAGGGGAUACUCCUAGAACACCUCAAGGCCUUCCAGACUCUGUACAGAGAACACUGUGAGGCCAUUCUGGAUGUGAUGGUCAACCUGCAGUUCACUCUUGUGGAGACACUGUGGAAAUCCUUCUGGAGGUUCAGCCAGGGCACUGAUACUGAAUCACUCAACCUGCACAACGAAUCAGAAAAGCGCCUGCCAAAGUCAUGCCUGGUGAUGUUGUGUAAGUUUGAGCCGGUGCUGCGCUGGACCAGAGAAUGUGACAACGUCCUCUACCAGACUCUAGUGGAGAUGCUCAUCCCUGAUGUACUGAGACCCAUCCCUAGUGCCUUAACUCAGGCCAUCCGUAACUUUGCCAAGAGUUUGGAGACUUGGUUGACCGGUGCCAUGAUGAACAUCCCAGAGGAGAUGGUCCGCAUAAAGGUGGUGUGUGUGUGUUCCUUCUCCCAGACACUGCGCCGCUACACCAGCCUGAACCACCUGGCCCAGGCAGCCCGCGCCGUUCUGCAGAACUCAGCCCAGAUCAACCAAAUGCUCUCUGACCUCAACCGGGUUGACUUCACCAAUGUUCAGGAACAGGCGUCCUGGGUGUGUCGCUGUGAGGACCGUGUGGUCCAGCGGCUGGAACAGGACUUCAAGCUGACCCUGCAGCAGCAGAACUCCCUGGAGCAGUGGGCUGCCUGGCUGGACGGAGUUGUCUCCCAGGUCUUAAAGCCCUAUGAGCAGAACCCCGCUGCUCUUCCCAAGGCUGCCAAGCUCUUCCUGCUCAACUGGUCCUUCUACAGCUCGAUGGUAAUCAGGGACCUGACUCUGCGCAGCGCUGCUAGCUUUGGCUCCUUCCACUUGAUCCGCCUGCUGUAUGACGAGUAUAUGUACUACCUAAUAGAACACAGGGUGGCCCAGGCUAAAGGAGAGACACCCAUUGCUGUCAUGGGAGAGUUUGCCAGCACUGUCAAGAACCGAAGCACUCUGGAUCUGGAGAAAGAUGAGGAAGAGGAGGAGGAGGAAGAGGAGAGUGAGGAGGAGAGUGGAGAGCUUGUGCUGCAGUCAAGCUCUCUGACCGUUGCCGAGGACGACGACGAACUGACGGAACCUCCCAGCAAGCAGCCCAGGCCAAGCUUAAACCUGCACACUUUGACCGAGACACACAGCACACCACCUUAGAGACACAUGCAUAUCGUACUGGCCAACACUCCCAAUAUUCCCAGGAGACUCCCGAUUUUCAUGCCCCUCUCCUGGUGUUCUACUGGGGUCUCAUUUCUCCCUGUUUUCUCCCAAAUUUUAAUCAGUUUUCAAGAUCUACCCAUUCACUAUAUUUGUUAGAAAUAGUUACAAAACAAGUCUCAGCCCUAUACUAUAUUGGUGUUUUUUUUAAUAUCGUAUACAUUUUGUUUCUUGCAGUGGCAUAUUUGAUUUGGGCAAAACAGCGUCAUGUUUAAGAUCUUGUCAAGCUCGAGAUAGCAAUGUGAGAUCCAGACCGCUUUGUACGUGAGUGGAAAAAAAAAACAAAAAAUCUUUGUAUAGCAGCCGCUCCUGCACGUGUAGUGUGGUAAUAUCGUGUUUUCAAUCAGUUUUUGACUUGUGUGAGAUAAAUUCCUCCUUUCCUCAUUAUUCUAUAAUGUAGGGCCUAAAUUGUGAAAUGAUAUGUAAUUAUCUGAUCAUGUAUUUCCCAAAUACAAAAACUUGCCUCAAGAAAGUUCAAAUUAAGGUGCAAAUGCAGUUUUCGUACUGUAUGUCUUAUAUUGAUACAAAAUCAACACGAUUUCAAGAGAUUGCUGAAUUUUAAACUGACUUUUUUUUUCUUUUUAAAUCUCCUUGUCUGCUGGACUCUAAUGGUUGGCAAGUAUGAUACGUAUUGACCUACAUACACACACACACACACACACACACGCACACACACAUUGCUUUUGCAUUGAUAAGUUCAACAUUGUGUCACCCGAUUUUCAGCCCACUCUGUCACUCUGUAUGCUUGUACCAGAUGUUUUGAUUUGUGUAUGUUUGUGUUUGUGUUUGACGUUUGGGUGUGCAUGUUCAAGCAUGUGAGAGAGACAGAGGGGAAAUGGGCAAAAUCAUACAGCAUAUCAUGUAUUACCUUAAUUUUUGUGAUGCCAUUUUUUUCCCUCUACGCCUUCAUCCAGCACCUGGUCCUUUACAAAUGUUUCCUGUGCCUUCCCUGUCUGUUCAGUGGUUGGAUGUCAGUAGUCAUUCCUUCUUUAUAAACCCAGUGAAGAGGAAGAGAGGGAAUCACGAGAGCCAACCUAUAAAUAUACUCUGACCUGGCCUACGUCUUAACCACUGACCUGAGACUCCUAUAUACUCUGAACUCUGAAAAAUACUAUGCAGGUGAACUGGACUUUUUAUGAAAUGGCACCGCCUGAUAUAUAGCUAAUUUUUAUCUCCGAGCAGUAUCUGCAGCGAUACUGCACCAUGGCUUGUGUUUCCAUGUGGAUUUUGAUCGACACAGGUAUCUGAUGCCAUACUUUUGUAAUGUCAGUUCUUUUUAAUUUGGCCAACUAACGUAUAUAACCUGUGCCUUCAAUGAGAGAUUUCUAGCCUGAAAAACUUGUAUUCUAAGCUGUAUCGGUGAAUGAAUAAAUCAAAGUCCUGACAAGUAGUCUUUGGUGGUGUUAUGGAAUUUACUAGCCAUAGUCAAAUUUUAGGUGGUGACAGUCCAGCGUUGUCAUGACGAGUCCACCCUGUUUGCCAUCGCUCAUCCAUCCAUCGUCCAUCCACUCACUCCUUCACAUUCACUCACACAAACGGAGACAGGAGACACACUGGACAGACAGAACACUUAAAAAGGAUUGUUGAAGUGACACCCCGCCACCACACAGACCUUCACAGAUACAGUGCUACUCAAUGAUUGGGCCACAGCACAAGGCCACAGCCUAUCCCAGCCAAUCAGCAGCACCUACAACACUGUAUCCAUGGCAACCUUAGUACCAGCCAGAUGUACCAGCUAAAGUGCUGUCAUAUCUUGAUGUUUUUGUAGUGUAAAAGUAGUAGAUGUUUAUUUUCUGGGUAUCUAAAUAAUAGCAACUAUAUGUUGAACAUAUUGUAGAUACAUAUAUUAUGUACCUUUUGUGAACAUUGUCUAUUACAUCCAAACUAUUUGUAUGUUGUUUAACCAUUAUUGCCUUAAGAAGUGACAUACUGUAUGUUGUGGUAAAGCCACUAUUCAGUGAAAGUAUGGAGCUAUAUUUUUAUUUUACAAUGGACCAAGCAUGUGAAAAUACUGAUUUUGAAGAUGGACGUUCAUACGGGCCUCAAACUCUCCCCAAAGACCAACACUUAACCAACAUUUUCUUCUCAGUUAGUAAGAGCAGAUGAUGUUAAGAUGCCUUGGACUUUGGGGCAGAUAUGGAAAAAAAAGUGAUAUAAAAAUGGAAGGCCAUUGUGUGCUGCCUUUAGUCUGCUGGCAACAUUGGUGGGUUCCUCAGGAGUAUAAUCUGACCACCUCAGACGCCACCAAAUCAUACUCUCAAAUAACAUUAAGAAUGAAAUUGUUAGAUUUGCACCCAUGUUUGGCGAGAGCAGAGGUCUGUCUGGCAAAAUUAUUGAAAAACAAUUGAUUACUCAUUUCAAAAUCAGUGUGAAGGUUUUGAUUUUUUUGUUUCUUUAAUCUGUGCUGCUGAACCUUUUAUAAAUGAGGUCUCCUUGAUGUUGUUUUUCAAGAUCUUUGUACUUUGAAAUCUUUGUGACCUAAGUUUGUAGCUUUAUUCUGACCAUUGACUAAAAACAGUGUGAUUGCUCUCUAAA